AUGUUGGAAGAUGUGAAGCCGCAGUCCGAGGACGAAAUUUUCUUUGCGCCGCCAGCAAGCGAAGGCUCAGAGUUUAACUCCGGUGAGUGGUCGCAUGAUCGAACGCAAAUAUAUCGUAUAUAUAUGAAGAAUAUCGACCUGCAUAACUUACAUUGACAAUCAGAAUUUGCGUUUACAGUCUUACCGUUGCUUGAUGACGCAUCUUAUUUUGUGCUGUCGUGCAAAAGUUUUCCUGGGCACAAAUGUUCAACUAAUAUGCAGCCAGCUUAUUCCCCGUACCAGUCCGGCAGACCGACUUAGACAGUGAUUGGUGCCUUGGAAUGAGAAAACAGAGUGAAUUCGACGAUUAUUAACUUUCGGACGCGCUUGAAGCUAUUACGGCGCGCUAAAAGUCGCGGCUUAGAUGGUUGCCAAUUGACGGUAAAUUUGGACCUCGCCUUUGGUUCAAUGUGUUUCUGUGGAUAAGGCGACAGGUGGGCGUAGAGUUAGUCUGCGAUGUUCUUAAUGUGGUCGUCAUGACAUUUUCACUCCAUGGAAUUUGAGGCGUGUGUGGCGGCUCGCCUAGGUACGGUUUCGACUGCGCCGACCACCUGCGAUCUCUGCCAUACCCGGUUUUUUGACCGUCUUGGCACCGGAUCCAUAUGGGGAGGAGAGAGUGGGGUAGAUAUUGUGCAAAUCUAUUCCCACUUAAAAAGAAAUCAUACGCAAGUCACCAUGGCGGCUCUUAGCCUGUUGUGGAGCACACGAUGGACGUAGUCGAAGUUGAUGGUCGAACUGUAAUCCACCUGUAAUACCGUAAGUUUAUUUCGCCGAAAUGGCUCCUUCUGUAUGACGAAAAUAUUUUUUUAUUAAUUUUAGGUCAGUAAGUAAUUGUCCUUGAUCGUACUGUUCGUCUUAAUUAAUUUCCCAGUCUAUUAAAUUCUAUUUAGAAGAGUACUCGAAAUAAUAAUUUGCAGUGGAGUCGUUUGCGUGCAAUUCAUGUAAAGCCUUUUCACGUCAGUUUGGCCAGAGCAUGUAGAUUUCAAAUGUGAUAUCCUUAAGGUCAUUUUUGAAUUCGGCCAAAAUGAUAUCCUAAACGAUUGAUACUAUAUGCUUAUUAUAAAGACAUCAAGAUAACAUGAUGUGAAAGUGUGGGAAUUAAACAACUGCUGUAGCGGGUAACAGAAACAAUCUUGGCGAAGCAUUCCGGUCAUUGUUUAAUCGAAAAACGUUUAUACCCAGAAAAUGGGUUUGUCCGAAAAUCCUAACUGCCUGAACUGCUGUUUAAGUGAUUGCACAUGCGAUUUGUUUAAUUUGUUGUUGCAAGCCGGACCUUGAGAGAAGCCUGUCCUAUUUUGUUGUAAUUAGACUAACACAACGGAUGUAAGCUACUUAUACGGUCUUGAUUUCUUUUUCAUACUAUUUAUUGAGCAGUUUUUACUUUAAUCUGUAUUUACUGGUCAAUCCUAAUCAUGAGCCAUCGUCACCGGAGAGAAUAAAAUUCUAAAGCGGAGGUAGUCACUAAGCUGUUGUGAACACAAAAAUGUAAAUAAAUGUCGGUGGCGUUCAUAAAUAUUCUUGGUUAAUUCUAGUAGAGGGUCUGUAAAUCCGCCCUGACUAUGAAGUGUUUUGUGCUUCACACGAAAAUCCACUGGAUGUUUUAUUUAGGAGUAGGUUUGCUAUCUACGCUCCUUUCUUUAAUCAUAAACUUGCUACUAAUUGAACAUAUGCAUUCUGUCGGAACACUCGUUAAACAACCAUGCUCCGGUUUGUCUUGCACACCUGCUUUCAGAUACUUGACAGCAUUUCCGAUAUAAAUUUGUUGUUAGGUAUAAUGGAUAGCGUCAGAAAAGUUUGAAUGUGUCGUGUUAGAGGGGCGGGUCUACAAUGAGGGUGAGAGUUGGGAAAUGGCAUGCUUGUUAAAAUUACCGGAAAAGUUAAAAGCCUUGAUUCAUUGAGAUGAGCAAGUUCGUUUAUACUCCUUUUCUAAACGGCUGUAGUUUAGUAUUUUAUAGAUCCUCUACGAGAAGGGUGUGGGCUGUCCUAUCAUGAAAACCUGAUUUUGCCCUGUGAGGGAAGUCUUGUCCACGAUGACGGCCUCGCCACUUUUUGCAGUAGGGGUGAAUCACUGAAGCGGACAAAGUAAACCCCUUGGAAUCGACUUUGAUUUUCGCUCCAGGCUUAGAGAGACACUCCUCAAACGAAGACAUUAUAACAAUUAGAUGAACGUCAUAUACAGUAGAUGUGCUAACUCAUGAAAUGUCAACGAAAAUUAUGAAAUCUAUUUUCUGUUUGAAAGGACUACUAAAGUAGGGUUGUAACAUUAAUCACCGUGCAUAGUAAUUCAGUUACUUUAGGAUGCCAUCUUUUGAGCUAACUUCCUUUCGGCCGCCUGCAAGCACUGCAUUCUGUAAAAGAUAACUAAUCACGUAGCACGAAUUUUCUCAUUGAUUUGUGGUGCAGUAAUAAACCUAAGUAUAUUUCAUAGAAUACAUGAAUAGAAAUAUUUAUUAUUGUUUUUAUUUGGUAGAACAUUACGUUCUCUUUUCAGUUUAUAGUUGAAAAUGUUUACACCGGUUUUGGAAAAUUCCAAUUUCUCAAUAAUAUUUAAACCGACCUGCCGUUAUAUUUGCAUUCAGGGUUUCGAAACUACGCGCUAUAUAUUUUCCGUGUAUGGAAAGCCAUACAUUUGUAUAUGGUAUUAAGAGGAGACUACAUGGGGUUUACGAAAUACCUGGUUAAAAGUAUAAAAUUCAAAUGAACAAACAAAUAAAUAUUACCUUUAAUUUUUUCUAUGAAAUAUGCUAAGCUUUAUAAGGGCACCAUAAAUCAAUGAGAAAAAUUCGUGCUACAUGAGUAGUUUUUUUACAAGGUGCAGUUUUCGAAGGCGAACAAAAAGAAGCUUGUUCAAAAACUGGCAUCCCAAAUUAACUGGAUUAUGCUGCACGGUUAUAAAUGGUACAUUCCUAAUUAGCUAGUCCUUUUGAGCAGAAAAAAUAUGUCAGCAUUUUGGUGGACAUUUCAUCAGUUAGGACACGCAGUGUAUAGUUCAUAUUUAUAAGUCCUUUAAUGAGGUCCACAAAAUGGUGAAAUAAGACAGAUGGAAAAUAUUUCCGUUAAAUUAUGUUAACAAAACCAUACUUUUUAAAAAUGCCCGUUAUGCAGCACUAUGUGACAACCACUUUUACUACUCAUACGUUUUUGGUUUUCCUUCUCAAACUCGUAAGGAAGAGCCACGAUUGUCUAUUUUAUAUGCACCCAGCAACCUUAUGUAAUGACGGCUCUUAAGAAUAUUCAGCCUAUCUCGCGUUAAUAAUUGGAAUAAAAAAUGCCCAUCUCAGAAAUGGAAAGAGACGUCCCAAGGUAUCGCGACAACUCACGGUUGUUGCACCGGAAACAAUACAUGUUAUAGUAGUUUUUUGACAGUUUCAUUUUAUCCUUAAAAUCUUACUACUAGGAAGAGCUGCCUAUCAAGGGCGAGUCCACACUCAAUCGAGUUACUGAGUAGCCGAUUUCAACUAAAAUAUAAAAAGAUGUUGUUUUUACUGAAAAUGAUAGUAUAGGCAGAAUCAAAAACUCCUAUCAUACAUAUACAGAUUGGAGAAAUAAAUAUAGUACAACAGGUGGUUAUAGCUUCCAUUUUAAAGUGCAGGUAAGUUUAAAAACUAAUUUUUGUCAAUUCAUUAUAAAUCAAAUAAAUAACCAUUUGAUAAAUAUAAUACAUAUUCGAUUUUGUGCUACUAAACUACUGUAUAAAGUGACAUUCAAAGAUAUAGUGAUUGAAAAUUUUAGUUUGCAAAGCAACCGACCUCACUUGUAUUGGUUUUUUACAUUUUACGCAUGCUUGACUUUUCCCAGACCUUCUCUACGAUGGAGACCACUGCCAGUGGUUUGUUCAAAAGCUAGUAAGUUUUUGACAUGCGCUGAGAUUUUGAAUACAACUGAGGAAGAUGAACCAUCUAAACAAAUAUUUUUUUUGAACUCAAAUACGUUUGUGCGUGCCAUUUUAAUUUCCACUCGUGACUUAAAAAAAAUUUAUUAGUUAAGAUUUUUAUAUAGAUUUGCAUAUGUCAAGCACAAAACAGUGGUCGAAUAAUUGUGAAAAUCCUAAGACCAACAUCCAAUCUCUUGAAUUCUGAUUUCCUUCCCUGCCUUAUAACGUGGCUUAGUUAUUGACACUAGAAAAUAUAUUGCAUUAUUUUAUUGCACUAAGAUGGAGGCAACGCUGUUUUUCGUUAACUUACCUGUUUAAUUAUCUUGCUUAAACGCGGAAAGUGGAAUUUACCACACAAAGUCAGUUCACACUUUAACUUUAUUAGACCUUCCAGAAUUCGUCGGAUAGUCAGACGGGAAUUCGAUUUAACAUUGGCCUUAAAGUAUCGACUCGAAGUCGGUAGUUUAGUCGUCUACCUCGUUUGAUAUAAAGUUGUUGCCUAUUCCGGCAUAUCAUUUGUGCCACAGUCAGCAUCGAUCAAAUUAUUUACAGUUGAAAAUGUUUAUUACAAGUGACUGUUUGAGGAAAUGAAAAUUUAGUUGAUCUGAUAACAACAGGAUCCUUAAACGAUCAUGCCUACAUCUUCAGUAGAACGUACUGGAAGCCACCACAAAUAUAAAUAAUCAAUCGAGGACUUGCGGUGUCUAAGAUGAAGUCUUUGACCUUUUUGGGGUUGUAUUGAGAAUGACGUCUUUGAUAGUAUCGAGUGAUUCAGGAUUCGAAAAAUGCCCAAAAAUAGUCACUUGCCGUUCAUUAAUCAGCGUACUUUGGUUCCAGUAAGACGAGGAAAUUUUGGAAAGUUGUAGAUGUGACAGUGACCGACUAUCAGAUCGAAAAACAUUUUUCACCUUACGCAACAAACGUCGUUUCUAAAUAAAAACACUUUAUUUUACCUAUUUUUUAAAUACUGUUGUUUUCACAUUUCUGCCAAAGAUGAAAGACGAGCGACAAGUUAGAGGGGAGUGUGAACAGCAUCGUUUUCAACACAAUCAACUCGAAGAACAAAUAUUUGGUAAGUACUUGAGUUCAAUUCCAACCAAGAAAUACUUGUUAAAAAGGCGUACGGCCUGCGCGGUCUUGUUGUCGCAUAUCCACUUUGAUGAAAAACAGGCCUGCUCUCUACAGUUUUAUAGGCAUUUUUGAGCACAUUUUUCCGUUGUAAUCGCCAAAAAUCGGGGUUUCUAUUUCACAGACUGAUAUGAACAUACAGGACAACUUAAAGUCAAGCGCCAAUAGUUUUCACACUCUCAAAAAUAAGACCUUAGGAGAUCGAAUUUAUUAUCUUGUAAGCAGUGAGAUUUUUUUGGUAGACGUGCGUUUACUGAUCAGGUUACGGGACCGCUCGUUCCGUUCUGCCUUUGAGCUCAGAUCAGAGCGCCAUUAGUAAAUCACAUAAUGACUAGCAGUAUAUAGGGGAGAAGAACAUAAUUUAAGUAGGGCGGGGGAAUGGACUUGCCACUUCUGGAUUAUCAGUCCUAGUCGGCUAUCCUUGCACAAAUUCAGGCCUGUGGGACCUGAGAUUUCAAUUCGCUGCUAUUUAGUCCCUCCCGCGAUCACUGAACAACGAGUAAGUUGCUCUGUUUGCUGCGAUUGGAAAUAUUACGCAAAUUCGAAGCGCGUUCACCGGUUAAGUCACGAAAGCUGCUUGUAUCACUGUUCUUUAAAAAGACCAACAAGCAGUCCAUAGAAGUCCUAUUUCUAAAAUUUAUUAAAUCGGCAUUCCCAUUGCUCAUUUCUUUCAGAACAUACCAUUAACGGUAAGUCGAAAUAAAAGUGGACGCCUGGCGACGUCUUGUGUGCUGUAUGGUACUGUAAGGAACGUGGGUAUUUAUUAUUAUUUGCUGAUAAUUUCAAACUACGGAGUUGUAUUUGAGAGUUUUAAUGAGGUUUUGAAUUUUAGAAAACGUAGCCUUCACGACCCCACGUAAGUAUAAUCGAUUCACGCGUCAUACAUUUAUGUCACUCCGCCUCUAUGUCGGUGCAUUAUUUACCUAGUGAUUACUCUGUAUAAUAUAUUCCCAAUGCGGUUAUUCGUAAAAAUAAUAAAAUUGGAAUUUUGACCCAAGCACCUUGAGGUGCAACCGUCUAAGUAACAAAAGAUCCUGAAUUGUACACAAACAAAUUAAUCAAAAGCCUGGUCGGACAUCACACUAGAUGUGCCACUAAAUCUGACGAAGAAAUUGAAUUUUGUCUUUUGGCCAUUAUUACUCACGUUAUAUCGAAUAGUAUAUAUAUGUAUAGGUGGAUUUUACUGCUCAUGUUCUUUAAUUUUAGAAUACUUUCUCUAUCAUCUAUUUGACCAAAGUAUGAAUUAUCAAGAAGCAAUGCUAUACUGGGUCUUUGAUUUGGAAGGGGAAACACUAACUGAUGUAUGUUGUUCAUUAAAAUUCACCGAAACACUUCAGUUUUUCCUAAUUUCGGCAGUUAUCUAAAUGGGAAAACAAAAUGAACAUCAGCAGUAAGAACAGCACCAGAUCCUUUUAUUGAUUGUUGGGCAUUAAACAUUGCUAGUAUCAGCAUGGUUCCCAAAUAUCAUGCAAGAAUUUUUGCAUAAAACAUUUAUAUUAAGGUGUUACUAAGAAUUAAGUCCUGUAUUACGUCACUUGUUUCUGAUUUAUGAGCUUGAAAAGGUGUAGAAUCUAAUAAAAAAUCCUUAAAAUAUUACCCGGUUUAAAAAUUCAAAAAGUGGGUUUGCUCAACAAACUUACUGUCUACCUAUUUUUAUAAUGGUUGUUUUGUCGACAAUUUCAUUUUUGCUAUGCAUUAUCUGAUGUAUUUUGAUAUUUAGUUUACUUGCUUGGGAUCACACGGUGAGGAAUGUGACAUUUCUUCCAACAGCACAUAUCGUUGUGGUAAGCUGUUUUAAAAUAGUAUGCAGUUUUUCGAAAAGACAGUUUUUCGGCACAGAGAAUAUUGUUGGUCAAAAGCACAUCAGUGAUAAGCAAAUGAAAUAAGGGUAUAAAAAGAGGCUUUGCCCCAGAUGUAAAACAUGGCUUGUUUGGCUGGUUGCAAUUAUAAACACUCAGAUUCUCUAUAGUAUUUUAAAUACACCAGUGGGAUAAUUCACGCAAUGCGUUACAUGCAGAUUCCUUGAGAGCACAUACUGAUAAACUUAAAAUUCCAUUAUUCUAUCCAUUUUUAAGAGAUGACGUGCGUUUUCAAUGAAAACGGGAUUAAUAAAAGCUAGAUGAUUUGGGUCGUGCUGACAUAAUUCAGCAGUUAAAGCAGGCAUAUGUAUUUUCUGGAUACGUACUAAUGACAUAAUAGACUGAUCUGGAUUUAACAGGUAGCUAAACAAACGUCAAUUUUAAUGCCAGAUCUUUGUUCAGAGGUUUUCUUAUCCGUCUAUUUUGUCAACUUUUCAACAUCUUGAAGUUUUCCAUUUCAAUUAAAGCAUUAGCCUAGUUUCUUCGUUUGGUUAAAAGUGCACGUAAAAUUACUAAUUCGGCAACUGCCCAUUAAAAAACCAACUUCUAAUUUGACAAGAAGGAAACGUCCAAAGGACCCAACUUAAUGCGACAUUGUUGAAAUAAUUGUCAAUCGUAUCCUAGAAGUCCGCAAGCCGUAGUUGAAAAUGCGCGCACAACCUUUCUAAGAUUUAAAUUAGGUCAACGUUUUCGUCUCGGCAAAUUGAUAAGAGUCAAAGUUAAUAACUAUGGAGUCUUCAUACGAUGUUAAACGACCCCAAGAAAUAAUACAAAAAUUAACAUAGGCAAUUCCUACAAAUCAGUGAGUAGUUUAAUGCCACUUAAGUGCAUACGGAACAAACGACAAUGAAUGAAAUUAAUAUGGCCUCUCUUCUUUUCAUUUGACCGGAAAUAUUUAGCUUUGACCUUGCUUGAGUCACAACACUCUCCCUUUGUAUUUGAUUCCUGCAUACUUAUGCAUACCGAUCUUACUUAUAGAGCUGCAUCGACACGGCCACUUGUUCGUCUUUGCUCAGCAUGCAAUUCUACGCAAACAUACGGUGAAUCAAUAUGAAUGUAUUUUGAAUGGACGAUAUAAACAGACUAAAGCCAUCGUAAUUGAAGGUUUGUGGCUUUCGUAAUCUUCAUAAGUAAAUAGUGUUAUACAAAUUCGUCAAAUUUGCUUUCAGGUUGACAAAAUAAGUUAUGAGAUUUUGAUUUCGACGCAGUUAUAUGCAAGAAUAUGAAAAACGCUAUAAUGAUAUUAACUUUUUUCAAGAGCGGCAGCACCAACUACAUCUUUAGAAAAAUAUUUCAAAGAAAUAAUGGAAGUUUUGUCUACGCACUUAAACAAAUACGAGUAAUAAGUUUUCAAAUUCUUAUUUGUGCGAAAACAGGACUAUACCAAUCUCUUUGUUACAUAUUUAUUUUGCUAUAUCCAUCUUUGCAUGCUGGAAAUAAUCUAAGCCUGCUGAAACCCAAUGAUAAUUAGAUGGAAAAUAUUUCCACGGGCUAGUUAGAGAGACUACAUGUCAACUAACAGAAAAUUCUGACUUAAAACACAGGAGUUUUAAUUGAAAUAGCUGCAGAGUUAUAGGUUUGAUACUAGAUUCAGGAACACUCUUAAGGAAAAAUGUAUUUGCUUAAUGACACUCCCGUCAAAUUGGAAAAGAAUUCAUCAGUGGGCAUUAAAACCUGUAGCACCCUCAGGAAUUAUCGAUAAAUAACAUAUGAAUAUGUCAAUACAUUUGAAAUAUCGCUGUCUAGUAAGUGCUUGCUUAGUGUGCAUGUUUAUUAAAAUCAUGACACAGGCCUUCUAAAAUAGGUUAUCUUACCACAAGACAAUUAUUACCACUUUUUUUCCUUUUAUUUAAGAUCUGUCAUGCGCAAUGAGCAAGCGUACAUACACUGAAAGAAAACGCGUCGUAACGCUGAGAGCCCUGACAACAAACAAUUUGCAGUUUUUGGUAUUGGAUCACGAGCUGUUUCUAAUAAACAGCACAAAUUGUGAGAGCAUUGAUAAGUCAAAAACGAUUGAAUGCAUGUCUAUAGGAGGUAUGUUCUAACCAGUCGUUAUGAAAGUUGUCCGAAAAGAUAGCUGUUGUUAUUAAAAACCUAGAUAUACUGGCAUUUGAGAAGCCAAUUAUGCGGCAGUAUAACUUAUACAUUUGUCCCGUUUUUGUUUUUUGUUGGAACAAUGUUUAUUUUUCAGAUGACAAAAAUGUGUUGCUGUCGAUAAAAAUACGAAAUCCACAAAGCUACAGAAAAAUAAGGCUCUACAGAAAAGUUGGUGAAAUAUUUGACCAAAUCACCUUCCAUGCAUUGCCAGCAAAGUUAUCAGAAGAAGGCAAGUCCGACUAUUUUUGCAUUGCACCAGAAAAGAACAAGUAGAUGUUCCACAAGAUUUAUAUGAAACAUGCGCAACAGAGUUCUCACACAUGUAGCUAUUUUGUUUUAUUUAAAGUUUGUUUAUUUUUACUGUAGAAUUUCAUAAUAUCCGACAUCAUGUUGAUGGCAACCUGAAAAUCCGAGAUUUUAUAUUUCACUUCGUUGGAAAUAUGCAAAAUGCUGAAUAUAAACGUUGCAAAUAUAUACCCAAAAUACAUACUAGUAAUACCUUUGUCGAAAGCCUUGUCAUAUGAUGGAUGCAAAUUAAAAAACAUUAUAUCUAACACCGAAAAGUUACUGGAAUCUUGUUAAUUUUGAGAUGAAAAUAUCAUUCCUCUUGACUUACAGGUGACUAGAACAGACCUUGCAUUCUUAUGCUGCGAACACGUUGACUGUGAUAAUUUGUUCGCGGCCCAAAUUAAAAAAGUCUGAAAACAAACUUAUACAGCGAGAAUAUCUCAGGAAAAAUUAAUCUUCAAGCUAUGUGUUUUUUAUCACAAUAGAUAAUCUAGAGGAAGUUGUAGUACUGAUUGUACUUCAGCAUGGUCCUUUGUCUAUUCUGUCAGUCUUGGAUGUCCUCUUUGUAAUGCCUUUCUUUUCGGAUGCCAACUUAUAUCUUAUCUAACAGAAAAUGACGUCUACUUAGUUUGAUUUUUUCACGUUUCUUUUUAACUUCCGGAGUAUUUUGUACGAAAAUUGCACAAACAUUAUUUUUUUGUGGAAAAGUGCCUUUUGUAAAUUUCAUAUUUGAAAAUGGGACAUCUUCCAAUUUUAAAAGGUUUUCAAUUAUAAAAAUGUAGCAUACGAUGAAAUGUUCAUUGGCGUAGGGUCAAUGCUCUCCUUUUGUUCGUACUUCUUACGAAGUUUAACACACCACUUCACAUCCGUUCUUUAUAACAUAAUUAACUGCUUGAGUAGUUUUGCGCGGAAAUCGCACAAAAUAGCUUUUCAAAAUCGUAGACAUAAGUAGAAAUACAAAUCAAAUCUGAAAUAAAUUGGAAAUAAAGAACCUUAUUGUAGACAAGAGGCAUCAUUUUGCAAGUAUCGACUUAGAAGACUACAUAAUUUUCUACCAACUGAGUGUAAGAAAUAUGUUAAUGCAUCUUCUCUACAAAAAUUCACUUUAGCAUUGAAGUCAAAAUGAAGCGUGAAAGCAAUAAUACAUUAUUAAUCAUUUUCUACUAAAAGUAUGGGACCGAAAGGAAGCUCAUUUCAAAGUCGACGUUAUAGAGAGAUAAAGAUAUUUUGCUAAGUUAUCGACAUUAAAACACCCUGGAUAGUCUUUUUAAUCAAUCAGUAUUUCAGUUAAAACUUCACUAUAAAGGCCAAACCCUGUGUUUCCAAGAUGGCAGUUUUAGUUGACCUUCGUUGUUUGCAUUGAACAAGCGCACUACGUCAUACAGUGAAAAAUAGACGACAAGACUUAAACAAUGUUUGUACUGUAAGAUUGUGUCGUACAGGCAAUCGCGUACUAAAAUGCAUAUUUUUGUGGUUGAGGCGUUGCCAGUUGAGAUAUGUCUCAAUGUUAUACAACUAAAAGGGCUAAACUUAAAGCAAAUGAAUAAAUGUUAGUGAAUUUAAGUGAAUUUAGACCGCGCAUAUAUUGCAAUCCAAAAGCCGUACUGAGGCUCCUCACUCAAAUACAAGACACUUUGAUGUCACGGAGACAGACGAUUACUCUAGCCUUUUAAAACUGAGGAAUAAAUGUGACCGCAAUUCCUUACAAACGCUUUAUCUCUUGGUUAUCAGUGCGAAGAAGGGAAACACGAGACGAACACUGCAGUUGUUCCGUACUUUGAUAAUUUUCUCUUUUGUUGAAAAAUUUCGUUUCCUUAGUUUUGCACCGUGCUCGGGAUGAAUUCACAUUCUUUUGAAAUUGUACAACUUGCACACGAAGAAGCCCUUUCUGUGUUCCUAAGUAUCUUUUUUGUGAACUUUAGAGCCACUAAUUUAUAGUAAAUCGACCGCUUUUGAUAUUUGCUCCCCGAAUACGGAGGAGACGAUAGUUUUUGAGUUUUACGGCGAUCAACCGGAAAUAUUCCUUGUGAGUUAUUCUUGAAGAUAUAUGCCUUACCAAUGCAUGAGAACUGUAUUUUUAAAGAUGCGUGAUGAUACAAUUGCAUAAACUCGACGGUCAAACCCAGCUUGAAAUUCACUCAUAAAAUUCAUACAAGAACGACGACCAGUCUCCUUAGAAAAGCAGUCUGUUUGCAUGGGCGAAAAAGUACAGAAAUUUUGUGCUUGCUCAUAUGUUGAAAAGAUGAAGGAACCAGGUUUUGCAGUGAUAUUGCAAGAAGGAAAAAUGCAAACUCCAUACGUGAACAUAGGCCAGGUUUAUUUCCGGAACAUUGCGAGGUGGUUGUUAAAGCAUAUAUGUAACUAUCAAACGAAUAAACCAGGGAAUUUUGCAACAUCAUCCUUAAAUCGCGCAAAGUUUGCGGGGCAAAAUGAAGGGCAGUUAUUAACACAAAUUUACUAAGAAUUUAUUGUUCCUUUUGGACGGCAACCGUAUUCUCGCCGUUAUUUCAAUUAAAAUGUCUAAAUAUGAUAUUCAAUUUUGUUGUUUGGUGCAUUUGAAACAUACAUAGGUAGAGUGUUGGCAAAACGAACACGUCCUUUGUACAACUAAAAAGAAACAUUAUGCUGAUAAGAUAUGUGGUAAGUUUCGUUUGAAAUACGGCUUGCAAUAAUCGCUUUUAACAUCUGUUUUAAACUGAAGUAUUUUUUCGCAACUUGAGAUACUAACUGUCGAUCGCAUGGGACGGUCUAAUAUUAUAUUUCUUUUCAUUUUUAAUAUGCAGAUAUAAUAAAACACGAAGAAACAUUUGGAAUUCGCGUCCUUGUCCGCAGAAGUGAAAGGUCAUUUGACAACAUCCUCUGUACUGUAAACGGACGGUCCUCUAUCUCUAAAACAGUUCAUUGGCAAGGUAUUCACCCAAUCGUAUAGAUAGUAUACAAAACGUUUUGAAUGAAUAGCACAUAACCAAUAAUAAAUCGCCCAAUAACUGAGGCGAGCUAAAAGUAUAGAAGCUUAAGCCCAUCUUUGAAAGAGACAAGGAACCGACGUUCCAUGCACAGUUGAAUUUAAUGCGGCCGUUUUUUCGUUCAUCGUGCAUUUUAUUCAGCUUGUACGCUUGACCCAGAAAAUUAUUUACUAUAGGAUGUUUAACAACACAUUUGGAAAAUACAUUCAAUCUUCGAAUGAUGAUAAUUACAAACAAAUUUUAUUCAAAUUCCAUCAACUGUAUAGUGCGUCAUCAUACUUGAGCAAUAUAAUACUGGAAUCGAUUUUGGAACAUGUUAAUACGUAUGUGUUCUGCGCAGAAAAACAAGACAGAGUCGAGACCGUUGACGAAUUUCAAUAAUGAGUAUUAACCAGUAGUUGAGUUAGCAGUUAAUUUAUACUUUCCAUGAUUUUAAAAUAAGGUGCCUAUUUAUAUUCUCUUUAAGGUUUCAAAAACAUUACUCAGCAACAGUCAGAAAAUCACGAUUUUCUCAGGGAAAACGAUCUACUUUCCGAACUAGGUAAGAUUUGCAGACAACUAGUUUUGUACACUUUGGUGAAAUGUGGUUUACAUGUGCACCGUCUUAAUUAGUCAUGAACAUGCCUAGCUCCAUUUUGGAUAGAAUGGACAAAUGCAUCUUUAGACCUCCUUACCCGUAGUGUGUUACAUAAAGGUUAUACGACAAAGGCUAUACCCAGCAUUGCAAAACAUUUGAGGAAUAUUGAUUAACGUAGUAUGACAAGAAAAAUGUGCAACUUUACACGACGAAAUCAGCGAGUCAUUAGACGAAAUCAAACAGCUGGUUCCCAAAUUCACGGCAGUUCUUUGCUUCAUAGCUAUCAAGGACGCGCGCAAAACUGAUUUCUGGUGUUCUAGUUACUGCGUUCGUGCAUGCUUAGGCAUGGAGGUAUUACAAAGUCACUAAAGAAUACUGAUAUCCUAGGGUAGGCACUUUGGUGUGCAAUGCGUUCUGAUAAUUGCACAGAAAUCCUUCCUCGUUCGCAGGAUUUUUUCUUUGGAAUUCUUGGAAGAAGUAGAAUAGCCGAAAAGCAAUUAACCGGAUCAUUUUUAACAAAUUUUAUAAUUUUAAACCAUUAUAAACCCGCCCACAACAUCAUAAGCAUUUAAUACACAUUAACAAAUGAUAAACGACAUAUGUUCCUACAUAUUAUGUGGUUCUAUUAAAAUUAUGCAUGUAAGCCCUGUCCUCAUAUUACGCACAAAUAUACAUCCUGUUUUUACUGGGGAUUCUGUUUAAUAUACACUUUAUCCUUAGGCACAUUGUUCGUAUUGAAAUAUAUAAAAAAGAGCAUUUUGCAAAACCAGUUGGAAAAAACAACUAAGGGUCCAUAAUCCAAAAUGGAUGGCCGAGUUGUCCGCAAAAAUACGGACUAACAAAAAUUUACGAUGUAUAUUUAGAUGCUAUUGCGUGUAAAACCCACGAUAGACUAAAGCCACGAAAGCUAAAGCACAAUCGCCAAGGGGAUGCAGCACUUAAAGUAAAGCUGACCAUAAUUUUACCACUCUAAUAUUUAACGAAAAAAUAAGAAUAUCCUGCAUUUGUGCUGUACGCUGGCACAAUCGGGCUAUAUUUGCAGUUGUGACACCGUUCUUGUAAUUAACAGACAAUGAUCAAAUAUUUUGUCGUCGUUGGCGUAAUGACGAAAACUGUGCUUCUUUGUCGGCCUCAAUGGCAAAGUGGACUUUGGGUUAAGCGGUCAAUUUUCUACUAAUUCGUUUAUUUUUUUACUGUCAAGGGAGUAUAGUGGCUCUAUCGCUACUCAAGGUGUGUAUGGCUUAGAUAUUUGGAUGAAAUUAAAAGAUUGCCCGCCUAUGCACCUUGGCUGAACAAUUACGUCAAAGCCCAUCAAAAAAAGCCGCUUUAUUUUUUGUAGUGAUUAGAGCAGCUGAUUUUGAUCAGCACUGCAGCUGGUACACAAAUAUGCAGGUCAGUUUAGAAAGACUGCCGUAUCAAUGUCGUUUUCUAUUAUUACUGAAUCGAAAUAUUUUAUUGCGUUUCCCUACAUGUUCAUUGGACAAUUUCGUAUGUUUUUCUGUAGGCUUUAUCUGUCACCAUAACCAAGGUUUUGUUUGGACUGCUGUAUUUUUCAUCAGCACAUUAAGUUACAUAAACAAUGCAAAAACGACGCUCAUGGUGGGCAUUAAAUAAUUAAUCUUAAAUCGGUCAAAAUUUCGCAGCUUUUAAUGCAGACUAAAAAUUGGCAUUGUGCACCUUUUUUUCUCCAAAAUACUUGUGAUUAAUGAAAGUUUAACACGUUUAAGUACGAUCACUGUGGUAUCGACUUCCCGGGACAAAACAUUUAUCCUUUCAUGUUACUUUAUCAAAAAAGGAAUUUGUAACAUUUUCAGAAUUCACUAUUUAAAUUUCGAUGACAAACUAACAAACGUGCAUUUGUUAAUUUUAACUUACAUCGUGAAAGGAACCAAACAAAAUGCAGUUGGAUUGUUUGUGCGGGGACAGUCACCUUCAGAAUGACAUGUUUGAGGUACAAUCCUUCAGUAAGUUAUGCGAAUCGGGGAAGAGUUUUUGUUAUAGUCCUUUUUGUUUAGAUACGUUACAGUUGUUUGCAGACAAGGACUGAAUUAUUAUGUGAAUUCAAAAAAAUAUUGGAAAGUAAAUGCAACUGAACAUGUCUUACGUAUUUACCUACGUGCCCCCGUAUCUGUGUUUUCUCACAGCAACGACAUUUACCGGUAAAUUAUGAUAUUAAUAUUUUUCAACUUUAUUGCUUAUUCAGCCAAGUUGACACUUAAAAGCCUGUCAAAAAUAUUACAUUAUUUAUACCCUGAUACUAUUAUUUUAAAAGUACUUUGCGAUCUAAUUUAGUAAUUAUUUUUCAAAAAUGAAAACAUUCCUAGUAUUUACCACGGAAAUACUGCCAAAUUCAAAUGCAUACGAUUUUCUUCAUGCCCUGUGCCCAAUUCUAGAAAAGCUGAAUUACACAGGAAACCGUACGUUUAAGUGCCUCACAAAUACAUCGCAUAUUGCCUAUCUCACCAAAAAUAUUUUGCUUAUUUAAUACCAUGCAUAUCAGUAGGUUUGCACAGGGAACAAAUCAUUCUACUACGUACCAUAACUGUGGGCGUACUGAUACUUGAUAAAGAUCAUCAGAUGCAUAUGAUGUUAAAUCAUUAAUUUAAGAUUCCAUUAUUUGUCAUGCAUUCACGCCGCUGUUAAUAAAUCGAGACCCAACAAAAGGGAUUAUGUACUUUUGUACUUUAUGUCUUUUGACAUAGGAACUAUACGUUUAGUGUAGAGUACAUAAAUCUGCCUUAUCGACUGAUUUUUUAAACAAUUCAUUAAUCUGUCUACAUAUUAUUGUUCAUAAUAUCUUGCAGCACAUUUCCUAUACCAUGAGUUCGAUGAGAGUAUAAACGGAGACGAGGUCAUGAUUUACUGGAUUUUUGACCUCAAAGGUGAACCAAUAAGAAAGGUAGUUUGCUUUUUACUGAAAGUGUUAUCGCUCGACAUCAACAUGUGCAUAAUGACUAAAUUACCGCUUUUUACAAUGGCACUAUACUCUCUUAUGUAUAAAAGCAAGAUACGUUUCUAUUAAUACCAAUAUAUGUUUGUACAUUUGCUCUUUAAAGUUGAAACAUCAUUAGAUAGGUAUGCAAGUCUGGAGAAUAUUUUAUAACAAAAUGAAAGUUAAAAACCUAUGCCAUUCAAACAGAGCAUUUCUAGUUGGUUAAAAAUAUUAACCUAUCGUUGCUUAUCCUUGCAGUCUUUAAAAAUCGCAGCUUACGUUGUUGUGUGCAUAAUUAUUAUCUAAUCGAUAUGCAUGUAGUUCAUAUGCGAAGACACGCAGGCAGAGAUUUGUGGAGGCCAAACUUCGGAUUCCACUACCUGUGGUAAUUAAUUUUUAUCUCAAUUCCUAUUUUACAAGAUGAUCUGCAUGACUUAAAUUUUUGGUACUUCAUGCAGCGAGUCAAAAUCAUAUAGAAAAUGUUUCGGUCAUCAGAGCUGCAGUCCUUAUUUAUUCGACUGUUUACGCUUCAUGUCAUCGAAGCUUAGGCUACUGCGGUUCGUAUGGCUGCUUUUGCUGUUGUAUUGAUUAGACUUAUUGAUUGUUAAAAACUUGUGGGUCGCCAAAAGCAACCACUUGGCUGACCGCAAAUGCGGAUGCUUUUCGUAGCACCCAGACACUGUCUGAGGGUAUAAGAGAAGCAUCGUUUGCCAUUUCUUUGGUCAAAAUAAACAUGGCAUGGGGAAUAACAAUUGUUCCUAAAUAACAAUACUAAGGUCGCCUGUCUGGCUUAAUUAUUCUGGAUACCUGUGUCGAACUGCUGAGUCAAGGUUUUGUAGACACUGCGUGAAAAUAUUCUUUGACAGAAAAAUUACUGCGCAAACGGUUUUCCUUUGGGGCCUGUCCCUACGAAGAACUGGUGAAAGAUGUAUCGGCCGAAAGGACACAGAGUAUAAAAUUACCGAAACUGUUUAAAACAAAUUACUACACAUAAAGGUGUAUGUUUCAGAAUUACCUACUUGAUUACGAAAACUUAGUAGUUUCAGGCUUUUGUAAGUGUAAACGCAUCCUAACACAGACAUGAUCAGAACUGAAGUUUAUUACAAAAGGCUGCCUGCAGCUGACGGUGACUGUUCACGGAACUUGUCUGUAAUGGAGCGUACUAACAAUGCACCCGUCCCUUAUUUUUAUCUUCGUACCCAUAAUUAUUUGUUGGAAAAUCAGUCUCAAAACGACCGGAAGUUGGAGUGGGUUUAUAUGCCAGAAACAGUACAGGACCCGCCAGCCUAGGCCACAAGUGACCUGUUCCCUGCUGCUCAUGUACCAGAUUUGGCAAAGAUAGGAUGAAGGAUCCCAAUUACCUGUCGGUAGACUGUGAAUCCUGUCAUGCUGAGUUUUGUCAUGGCAUCCACUUGAAGUCCGUCGCAAACGAUUACUUCCCUGGAUCGUUUUAUUUAUUUUUACUUAACGCACUCAUUUCCCAUGCCAUAAAAAGCGUCCAACAAGGCUUUCGGCAGAAAUCGAACGAAUUCCUGUAUUUUCCUGCAUUUCAUUAGCCUGGUGUUUGGCAUCCUGCCCCACUCGUAAAAUCCCCAUUACGACCAUGUACUUAUGACACGACUUCCAGUCCACCGACAGUCAAGUGGGAUGUUGUACCCUGCCAAUAUCCCAGACUUUUUCCUGAGACAAUUCAGACUCCGCAAGAACGAGUCUCGUAAUGCUUACAGUCAGAAAGAGUUACUGCAGUUGGAUCAGUAUUUGUGGGCAGAAGGAAGUCAGAAGGCAACUGCCAAAGCCUAAGAUGGUGAACCAUCAGGCGUCUGGUAACGAAACCGAAAGACCCACCGCCACGGAAAAAAACAUCUAGAGUCUUUUAUCGGAUGUAAUAGAGUUGCGGCUAAAGCAACUACGUCGGAGAACCUGGAAGACAACUCCAAACGCGAAUGGCCGAACACGUUGCAGCGGUGUGGAGAAAUGACGCCAGCUCUCAAGUUGCGGCUCAUUCGACGGGUUCCGACCACUCAUUCAAAUUUGGCGAGGCCGAAAUUCUCGCAAGAGGUGACAACCGCGUGAGCCGGGAGCUGCUUGAGUCAUGGUUCACUGGCCACCAGUCUAUUAACAAGUUCAAUGAUCUUCCCAUUCAAUACAGCGUGCUGAGACUUCGUCUAGGCGGAUAAAUUGGCCACGCGGGGAGCGCCCUGAUGAACACUCUUCCCAACACCCGGGUCAGCGCGUCAGAUGGUCGAGCAGUCAUCACACCAACAUCCAACGCACGUGAUGAAAUUGCAGCAAUUAACGACGCGAAUGUCGGCCAUCAUGCCACGUGCAACGACCCCUGAUGAAGGGGGUGGGGAGCCGUGAAUAUUCAUAGGUAUGCGGUAGCAUGGCUUCUGCAUCCUACAAAUACUACAGCCGCAUGCGCAUGAACCACCAUUAUCUGCUUUCGUCUCUGAUGAUGUAUUCCAACAGGAGUCCGAAACGUCAGGCUAAUAAAGCUCUUGUCCCGGUGAUCUUGUCUUUUUCUCUAAGACAACUGCCAAAGCCUGAGAUGAUGGCCCAUCACUGUGGAUUCAAGCGCGUCAGAUUUUCUCUCAUAAAGAAUGAGCUGCUAAUGGAUUCCUCCCUGGUUCUGCCUUUACUCACCCCCCUUAACCGGUUGGAUAUCCGAGACUAGCAACUAACGGGCAAAGAGAUUGAGCGCAGCGUAUGCUCUGGAGCGAAAACCUCCGUCCCAAAUGUUUUGCAAGCAAGGGCGACACUUUGCGGACCGCGUAAACUCGCUGACCCCCCCCCCCCCAAUCAACAGAUGCCAUGGGCGUGUUUUGUCCUGUUUUCACUCGAUGCUCUUGCGGCAAUGCCGUAUGACAGACAUAUUCUCGUGAAGGGGCAGCAUGCGUUUGAGAUAAGUCAAACGCCUAGUUAAAACAUUCUUAAAAUACUCGCAGCUGGGUCCCAUUGACAAAAAUCUAAUACAUGACCCAAAAACACUACUUAGAAUAUCCUCUAUUCCCUGCGGUUUUGCUGGGGGAUGUUUUAGCAAACUUAAGCCAGUAUACGGCGCAAUAUCGGACUUUCAGUCUACUUAAACUAAAGACCCUCACGUGUUAAUACCUAAAAGUCCCGCCCCCAAACCCCAAUUACUGGCUGAUAAAAGCAUAACUGUAACCCUUCGCCUAUGUUCCUGCACUGCUUGCCGAAAUUCCCUGAUUUUAGAGCUUCACAAGAUCAGCUCCUUGGUAAUUUUCGCCUAUCGUGCGGACCUUAGGAAGACGAGACUUUCAGAAUACACGUGCACGCUGAAUGACAGAUACAAGCAGAGAAAAGAAAUAAAAAAGUCAAGUGGGUAUUUUUAAUUGUUUUAAGAUAUCUUGUCAUUAAUAUAAAAUAAGUCUUAUGGCUGGUUCUCUAUAUGCUUUCCCUCCCGCUGUCUACACGCCUACGUAAACGUUUUUCCGAAAUUUGUAAUUAUUCAUUCUGCAAGAAAGUGAACUAUGAUGUCAGACAUAAUACACAUCACCUGACAUGUGAUAGGUUACAUCGGAUUACGAGAACCAAAACCACUGCAUUGUUUACUAUCGUGCUUAGUUUUGUGACUAGAUUCAUGUCCUAUUGCAGUAUUAUAGCAUUUUGCCCCUUAAAGGGGCCACGUGAUAGAUGCGUUGGACCAACACAGGCCCAUAAUGGAUUCUGGCAGGCGAUAUCGGAAUGCGCACCAUAGCAAAUGACAAUAUUUCGGGAUGUCGUGGCGGAUCCCGUUGUCAGCAGUCGCCACGCACACUGGGACCCCUGCCCCUCCCCCCGCAUUGAUGUUGUUAGUCAAAAACCGGGUUAUUUGCUGUGUGGAGCAGUGGGUGUGGAGUGGGACACCAAGGUGCGGGCUCGACCGCACCAUCCACCCGCGCAUUUUUCCGCCUUCGGUCUUCUUGACUCUUUCUUGACACCAGGUCCAGGUGGGGGAGGAGAGAGAGCUGUCGGUGCGGUGCAAUCCUACUGUCAUUAUAAACUGACCCACGCAUAAGCCACUGUCCCUGCUUUCACCCUGCUGUGAAGCACACGGUGGACAUCGUCGUAUGCGACGGUCGAUAAAAAAGAUUAUAGUAUUAUUCCAUUACUUAAGUGACAAACGCUUUAUGUGGAGCGCACGGUGCGACAGUUGAUAAAAAGAAUAUUAUAUUAUUCUAUUAUUUAGUUACUUUAAUAUUAUACAAUGUUUUACUUCGAAUUCUACAGUUUUAUAUUUCGAAAUGGGUAUUCUAAAAGAUUUAAUUAGGAAGUGAUAGAAUGUUUGCGAAAAUAUGACUUUGGUUGCGGAAAUCUUUGAGACUGGUUUCCAACUAGUCGUUAAUUUGUGUCGCGGCCGCCAGUAUACUAAAAGCAAUUAAACAGCAAACUGUUCCGUAAGGGAAAAAACGUCUUAGCUGGUUAAAAAGCAGCUGACUGCGUCAGAUACACAGAGCAAACCAAUCAGAAAAUACUUAGCCCACACAGCAAAACGUCUGAAGGACCAUGUUGACUACCUUACCGGAAAAGUUGUUGUCUGAAAAAUCCAGUGGGUCACAUUUGUAGUCUAUUGCCACCAACCAAGGCAAUUUGUCCCAACUUGUAUACACGAAGAGCAGUUGGCGGUAAAGAAACGCGACCAACUAUCCCAGCUGGUAAUGAGCACACAAGACACUGAAUACAAAUUUGCGUGGGAUAACGCUCAUAUUGCUGACUCAUAAACAAAAAUGAAAGGUUAUGUGAUCUCGGAAAUAAUGCUUUCAGAUAACACAUGCAUAAAUCACAUACGAAUUUACAGGGCCAAAUUAAAAUCCCCAGAUCAAAUUUGAAACAAAAAAUCGAUUACCAAAGAGAUGACGAGAUAAAAUAAACGCGUAUUUGCACAGGCUCUGGUCCGAAAUAGAUUAGUUUUUUUGAUAUUCUUAAAUAAUCAACCGUUUUUGCAAAUGCCUAUUGGUCUGACGAUGAGGAGGGAAACCGACCUCCACGACUUGUGCAAAAAAGCUAUAUCUGUCAAAAUAAUUUCAUUACUUCAUAUUAGAUUAUCAUAUUGCAUUUAAUCCAGACAAAGAUGUGACUUGGUGGUUUAGCUAUUUCUGACGAAUGAAGGCGAAAUUUCGAGUUCCAGGUAUAUGCAUAAGUGAAGAAGAAGAGUCGAGCACCUAACCUCUUCUUCCUCAGCUAUUUCUGAGACAGAAAUGUUUUUCGUCACCUUGUGUGUCAUUGUCACUAAUUUGCGAGCAUACAUUAUUUCCGGGUUUAACUGCAUAUUGAAAUUAGAAUAAUUCUCCAAUAAUAAGGGAAUAUUUAAUAUAAAGGACGUUAGUCGUUUCAAGUCCAUGUGGGACAGUAAGCUAAGAUAGCCCUGCCAUCCGCCAUUUCGGAUGUUUUUAAAAAGGUGUCAUUUCAUUACGAUGUAAAUUAAUAGCUAUUUAUAUUAGUGGGUUUUUGCAAUUGACUUUCGAUGAAAAUUGGUUAGUAUAUAGUUUUUUUGAAAAACAUUAUCUAAAUGUGGUGAUUUUUCCCUUGAUUUAAGAUAGAACACCAACCAAUAUACAUUUUUCCACUUGGCCGGUUGCAUUGAUUAUUUAUUCAAAGUGUUGCACCUUUCUACAUCUCUGGUGUCCGGAACUAUAAAUCAUUUUGUCUAGUAUAAAUAAUGAGUUAUAUAAUGAAUUUUAAUUUUUAGACAUAUACCCCUCGGGACACUUGGACGGCUAA